AUGCGACGGCAGCAGGGUAUGCGCCUGGACGAGAGGAUCAUUCCGUACUUGCAGAUGACCGGUUUCUACCAUCUUGCGAGGCUGAACGAGACUUGGUUUAUGUUGGAUGAGCCGCUGGACGUGGCAUACCAGUUAGGGCUGUCGAUCGAUGAACCUUAUGUUAGUGGUUGCCUGACAGAUUUUCAAACUUGGUUCCAGGAGACAUUCGGAGAGCUUCCUAAUGGUGCCGAUGAGGCCACCGUUAGGAGGUAUGCCCGAGCCUAUAUCAUGAUGCUGUUGGGGACUCAGCUAUUUGGCGACAAGUCCGAUACUCGCAUUCACAUUAGGUGGCUGCCAUACGUAGCCAGGCUUGAGGAUAUGGGUGGGUACAGUUGGGGAUCAGCUUCUCUCUCAUGGUUAUACCGGUGCAUGUGUCGCAUGGUGAACAGACACGUGGUGAAGUUAGCCAGACUGUUAUGGAUGCUUCAGCCAUGGAUCUUCUGA